UCAAGUCGGCUUCCUCCUUCUUUGCCAAGAAAAGCAACUCUGGUCCGGUGGAGGAUCUGGAACCCCCGUGGCAAGAACGAUCUCCGACGGCCCGGAAGCAGCGAUCUAUCGGCGGCAGCGACGGGCUUGGCGUCGGCCUCUGCCGCUGGACCGAAGGCAUGGUCCGCUGCCUUCCGCCUCAUGAGGCAAAUGGGAUGGGACGAAGGCGAGGCCUUGGCAAAGACGAGCAAGGCAUUCAGGACAGCAUCGAAGGGAGAUGAUGCUGAUCAAAUUAAGUCUAGACAAGAUGCACUGGAGCAUGAUGUGGUCAAUGAAGGUACAAAAAAAAGGAGAGAGGGGGAAGAUUGUGAAAGCAUACUCGGAAGACCUUCAAGGAAUUCUUGGAAACAAACUGAAGAGAAUUGUCUUAAUGAUCUUGAUCCACCCAUCGAACAUCCUUUUCUAGUGGCUGAUCCACAUGUUCCUCAAGUUUUGGGUGAAGUAAUAUAUUUCAAUGUCCUAUCACGAGUGUCUUUUUCAGUCCUUCUGCAUUUCCAUUUGCUUUCAUGUAUCCUCAUCAACAUGUAUCUUCAUGUUGAUGCUGUUAAUUAUAGCUGCCAGAACAUAUUGAUAGAAUAUAUGUUUUUUAAGAUUGAAAUAGGUCUUAAUGUUAUUUUAUGAGAGGCAUAGGAAUGUAAUCAUC